ACCUAUGCACUCGCAACAGCAAAUGGCUGGUAGAGAUAUGCCACCAAUACGUGGAAUACCUGGUAAUCGUGCAGGUAGAGGAGGUUUCAAGACAAGGGGUGGUGGUAUGCCAAUGCGGGGUGGCAAGGGUAAUAUGAAGCGUAAAACGCGCGACGAUCAUGAAGAUGAUUAUAUGCCCCACAAAGGCAUGGGUCCCAACCGCCCACCGGAUAACGAUAUCUUCAGAGCCAGACAAGUGAAGCGACACCGUGAUGACCCACCUUAUUAAACAAAAAUGCUAUAACAAAUACUUCCUCCAAAUCCCAACGGGGAGAUGUAUGUAUGUGUGUGCGUGUACGUGUGCGUGUGUGUGUGUGCCGUGUUGUGCCGCCAAUCUUAACCUAUCAAUCUAUCAAUCUAUCAAUCUUUUUUUUUCUUUAUUUCUUUCUUUUUCUAUUAUUUUCUCUUUCACUUUUAAACUACAUACUUCUUUGUGAUCAUCAAGUUUCUUUUUUUUUUGCCACGAUUCUAUUAUUUUUUUUGUUGUCUUUCAUUUUUUCUAUUAUUAUUUUUUGCGAUAAAAAAAUCCCAUUUUCUUAAAUAAUAAUAAUAAAAACCACACUCACAC